GUCAAUCAAUCUCUUCGUGACGUCGCCUACCACUUCAAUUGGGAUCGACAUGGAUUUCUAGUCUGACACCUCGGCCCCGCUGUCAACCUUCUUUCCAUUGCGGAUACUUCGUGGCCUCGCGUCUCACUUCUAAUCUUCUCUCUUUGAAUAAGGCUUCGUCCGUGAAGGGCUUAUGGAACACCUUUCGUGUAUAAGCACCCUCAGCAUAUUGAGACGUCAGGCUCCGGCCUGGUCCGCCGUUUUUGGUUCGGCAAAAUGGUUUCUAUUUUUGGCUUGAGAAUUGGCGGUGACAAAAAGAAGAAAUCUGGACAGCCGAACUCUAAAUUGCCUCAACAACAGACCCAGACAGUGACCCAAACAGUAUACCAAGGAGCGCUGGACGCUAGCAAAGUAUCACUUGAUAAUGGAAACCAACCAGGGCUUUGUCAUGACAACACUCGACCGACGCCGCAAACCGGCAUUUCAAAGCCAGAUCUCUUGGUACCAAAUGCUCACUUGCUGCAAGCAUUCUACAGUCCUGGCAGUCAAGCUUUGGCCUCAGCAAGCAUGCAAGAUCUUACGCGGACGACACCAAGCGGCGACUCAGGAUUUCAUGCCUUGAAGCCCGCGAUAUCGAAUCCGAACUUCGGCGUUCGAUGGAAUAACGGCUCUACUCCUAAUCUGACGACAACGUCUCCGGAAACAACUUCGCAAUCACUUGGAACCGGGAAACCGAGACCCUGGGUAGAUCCUCUAGAUGUCCACUUUGCUAGAGAGCAACACCUGGCGCCCUCAGCCAAAUCACUCCUAAACCAGUCCCAUCAGGAUGAGGAGAAGCCUGCUGUUCUGAAUGCAAUCAGAGACAGUGCACUUCCUAUGGGGCUCAACAUCAAUAAACUGGCGACGCCCGCCAUACCUCCGAGAAGUGCUUUGAGGAAUCCUCCUUCUCCGCCACCAUCGGUGAAAACUGCAAGCGAAAAGGCUUCCAGUGAGACUGAUAGAUUGCCAGUAUGGGAGCGGCCCAUUAUACCUGCUGCUGCUGGGGAAUCGCGGCCAUCGAGCCGAGGGAGUCAACGGAACGUACCUACAAGCCUGAGGGAGCUUAUGGCCGUUGAGGACUUCGCGCUGUACGAAUCCGCGUCGGUACCAACUCCGCCGCCAUCACUACCCAGAGCGAGCAAUGAGACCGGGAACCGUGCUUCUAUGAACGAAUGGGGAGAGCCGGUUAUCCAAAACGUACGGGCUAAGCGAGAGACCUUGACCAUCAGCCCAGCCAGGAAGCAGAGCCUGGAGAGGCUGAUCGACAGUUUUGACAGAAGAACAGCUUUGAACGAAGACCGUCGCCCGCGGACAUCCAGUGGUGCACGGCCGAUUCGCCCAAAACCUCUGACCCUGGAUACUGGGUUGCGUAGUGCAGAUGGAAACGGCCCAAAUAGUGCGCCAUUUGGCCCAAUCCAAAGAACAGCAAGUCCAUCUCCUCUAAGCCCACGUCGAGUACCGCGAACUGGUGUCCCGGCUGCAGCUGUCGGUGCUCGCGGGCGACCAACUAGACCUAGCACACGCGGAGUACCUCGUCCGAGUGCGGACGAAUACGGCGUUGCAGCCGAGAGGCCACUGGACGACGUUUCCAACCAAGACUUUUCAUCUGGCAGGCCAAUACCCCCACCAUUGAUUAGUCCUGUUGGUAGGUUUCAAUACGGCUCUCCGCCGGACAACCCAAUCAUGCCAUUGGACGGCCCCUUAGCCAAUUCAGAACAUCUCGAGUCUCCGCCAGGCAGCCCGGUAUCUUUAAUUAGUCCUAUCACUAGGUUUGAACUAGAGUCUCCGCCAGAUAGCCCAAUUAUGCCUUUGAACGGGCCUUUGGCUAAUACUGAACACCUCGAGUCCCCACCAGAUAGUCCAAUCAUGCCGCUGGAUAGACCUAUGGCCAAUUCUGAGCGUUUCGAGUCUCCGCCGGACAGUCCGAUCAUGCCGCUGGAUGGACCUUUAGCCAAUUCUGAGAACCUUGAAUCUCCGCCGGAUAGUCCGAUCAUGCCGUCAAACGGCCCUCUGGCAAGUUCCAUGUAUCUGCCGGUCGAACCAACAAGGGGAAGCCCCGGGAGAAAUCAACUUGACACCAACUUUCGGUUUCCAGAUUGGUCAAAGUCGAGCGGAAGCUGGUCAGACCCUGAGGCAAGUACAACUCGACCACCGCCACUCGACAACCCUCCAUUAGCUGAAACAGUCAACUGGCCGCUUAAUGCUCCAGUUGUGGAUGCACCUAUAUUUCCGACGCCGGAUUCUCCUUCGCUACCAUUACGGUCGCAGUCUCCAUUUGCUAUACCAUCUUUCAGUCGACCAUGGACACCGACUAAUGCGCGGCCCGGAACACCGGUGAAGAUGACAGAAUUGACGGUUCCUUCCGGUCUGCGUGGAUCAAGCCCGAGCCCAAGGAGAGGAGUACCGCCGCCAAGGAGAGUACCAGAGUACGCGUCGAGAAGCCCGCUCGUCGCGAGAGAUCAUACUGGAGCAGGCUUCCUAUAAAGAUAAUGUUUAUUGAUUUAACAUAUUGCAUAGCUCAUACUGGCCAGGCUUGGGCAUUGGGGAAAAAAAGCAUUUGCUAUUAAGUGGUUGGCGUUGGACAUUAGUCCAGACGAUUUGAUUUUUUCGUGGUUUUGAUACCCUGGGGUAGGAAAUGCCCCUUCAACGCAUGGUCGGCACACCGUUCCGGUAUUUCUUUUGUUUUUAAAAUUGACUUGGUAUUUUUUUUUUUCUCUCGUGGACUCUUUGCAAGCAAGUGCAAGAAUUACGCGACAAAAAUCCUGCAAAACACAGACCGUUGCUGCCGAUACUUCAACGAGUCUUGAUUAGGGAAGAUGCAAGAUUAAACAUGGUUUACAGUAGUCGCUUGUAUACCCACGUAAUGUAUAUGCAGUAAUGCAGCGCGAUUCUUUU